AUGCCCGCCCUGAUGAGACGGGGCAACGAAUGGCUCGCGAGGAAUCCCGACUGGGAAGCGGCGACCUGCGAGAGCGGGGACUUCCGAGCCUCCCGUCGGGUGCCAGCCAAGGAAAUCACCUGUCGGCGGUCGGGAGAAGGGAGCACCGCCCACGUCAGGUGCUUGAGGCUGUGGGUGAGGCAGCGGACCCGACCGGACCGAGUCCCCCAACAGCUGAGCCACCUCAACUUCGUCCCUGACGUCGUGGACCGCAAGAAGUUCGGCACUCCCAAGUUCCUCCCUCUCGGCGACAUGGUCCAGAAGAUGAACGAGAUGCUGCGGACGAACCCCCUACCGGGCAGGAUCAUCACCAUCGAAACCCAGGAGACGAUGGCGGGGGUGGAUCCGGAUCGAACUUACUGGACCGAGAGUGCAGAGGCGACGAAGCUCUUCGUGUUCGUCAUUCGAAUCUUCUUCCAGACUGGUUUUUCCGGGCGCGGAACGUGGGAACCGCAAGAAAUCGGGCUCGCCGACUUCCGCCCCGUCUGUGAGAGACCCGGCGGCGCGUUCAGUGGGAAUGUGUUCUGUCCGCUUCGACGCUCCAGCCAUCCCCGGUAUGAGAGCUUUAGUAGCCUGGCCGGGAGGAUGUCGGCCUGGUGCCUGGGUCAGAGCGACAUCCGGAUCGCCAACGUUCAGAGCAUCAAAUACAAACUGAAGCACGGCGAAACGGACACCCGGCGGACGUGGUACACCGAGCACGGGUACGCCGCGACGUUUUACGUGCGGAUCCUCCGCGUGGCUCACGUUCGAGCGUGGGAAGUCCACCUCCCUCCCGUCGCUGUCACCUGUCGCACCUUUAGUCCGGUUCAACUCGAACGAGUAAACGAUGUCGAGCCGAAUGGAAAGACGUCGAUCUUGGGGGGAAAGAAACCUCAAGUACCGAGUCGACAAUGGCGACUUCCCUUUGUGUUCUACCCUAGCUCCUUCGUGUCCUCUGCAGGGGGGCUGGGUCGGGGGUCGGUGGAUGAGGAUGAGGAUGAGGAUGUCUCUCGGACGAGGGACCGAGUUGCCGUGUGGAUGUGGAUGACGGGGGCCAACUUCAUCAGCGCUCAGACUUCUGCCGUGCGGUUAGACGAUGGUAGUAGGAAGAAGGGUAUUUCGUGCCGGAAGGACUGA